AUGUGUAUCGCAUUAAUCUCAACUUCCCACCCGAAAUACUCGUUGAUCAUAAUCAACAACAGAGAUGAAUUCCUCCAUCGUCCAACAUCUUCGCCAGGCUGGUGGCUAAGGCCAUCCUCACAUGUCCUCGGCUCACGAGACCUAGCCCGACCUACACAAGGCACUUGGAUGGGGGUCACCAGGCAGGGAAAGGUGGCAGUUCUUACCAACUACCGUGAGGACUCCACCAGCGCAGCCAUCGGAAUCUACAGCCGGGGCGCCAUCGUCAACAACUGGUUGAUCGGGUCCACCGACAAGCGGGAUGAUACCGAAGAGUUUGUGCAAAGCAUCGUGGCCAACCCAGAAGUAAGACAGGUGGGGGGUUUCAGUCUGGUGUGUGGACGUAUCAACGAGCCCUUGGCCAUUGUCUCCAACCGUUCCACAUACAUGGAUCAGAUCACUUGGGUGGCAACGGAGAAGAACCAGACACGUGGGCUCAGCAACACAAGCUUUGAUGACAGAUCCUGGCCCAAGAUUAUUAAUGGAGAGCAGUUGAUGGAGGCUGCUAUUAAUGAGCAUGUGCAAAAGGGAGACGCGGAGGACGAGGAUGCAUUGAUUGAUCGUCUGCUGCAGGUCCUCAGCACUGAUCGCCUGCCACGACUGCCAGAGAAGGAGGCCACAAUUGAGACAUACAUUCAACAUCUGCACAAGACCAUCUUCGUUCCGCGCAUCGGUACUCCAAAUGAUCCUGAUCAAGAUGCAGAGGAUAUCGCUGCAGCGCAGGUACAGGAUGAGAUCUACACCCCGGCAAAUGGGGCCCCGAACCAGAGUUUUACCUGUGGAUCAUACGGGACACAGAAACAAACUGUUCUCCUGGCACGACCGGAUGGACGGGUGCGAUAUUUUGAAAGGACGCUGUAUGACAAUGACGCGAAGCCUGUGCCGAUCGGUCAAGGUGAUUAUUCAUUUGAAUUUAACAUCACAGAGUAG